AUGGACGUAAAUAAUGCCUUUUUGCACGGAGAGUUGGAUCGGGAGAUCUACAUGUUUCAACCAAUGGGCUUUCAGAGGCAAGAUCAUCCUGAGUAUGUAUGUAAGCUUCAGAAAGCGCUAUAUGGGUUAAAGCAAGCGCCAAGGGCAUGGUAUGUUGGUGUGAUGAGUCGCUACAUGCACAAUCAAAAGAAGCACCAUAUGGAGGUUGUUCAACGAAUACUAAGAUAUGUGAAAAGUACAAUUGAUUAUGGUCUUUUGUACAAGAAAGGUGAAGAAUGCAAGUUGGUCGGAUAUUGUGACUCUGACUAUGCAAGGGAUCAUGAUACCCGUCGUUCAACUACUAGCUAUGUGUUUAAGCUCGGAGCUGGAGCAAUUUCUUGGUGCAACAAAAGGCAACCAACUGUGUCAUUGUCAACAACAGAAGCUGAGUAUAGGGCAGCAACAGUUGCAGCUCAAGAAAGUACAUGGCUUAUGCAGUUGAUAAAGGAUUUACACCAACCAGUUGGCUACUCAGUUACCUUGUACUGUGACAAUUAG